GUGAGAUAAUUGUUGAUCAAAAGCAUUUAGAAGAAAAUUGACGUCAAAGAUGGAGAUGAUAUCUUCUUGUCUUGUUGGAAGGGAAAACAAUGAAAUUGCAAACAGCAUCACAAGAUUAGAGCUUAAUCCAUGGGAUUUACGAUUACUACCAAUCGUCCCCAUUCAAAGAGGCCUCAUAUAUCACAAACCUCAAUCCCAAAACAUCAUCUCUCACCUCAAAAACUCUCUCUCCCGCACACUAAACUUCUUUCCGCCCCUCGCCGGCCGUCUCUCCGCCACCCAUCACGACGACUGCACAAAGAGCUACUUUGUCGACUGCAACAACGCCGGAGCCGAAUUCACUCACGCAGCCACUGCCUCCAUCUCUGUCUCCGACCUCAUCGGGCCAAAAUACAUCCCGGAAAUCGUCUACUCCUUCUUCCCGCUUGACAGCCUCACCAACUUCGAAGCCAUUUCGAAGCCUCUGCUGGCGGUGCAGGUCACCGAGCUGGCCGACGGCCUAUUCCUGGGCUGCGCCGCCAAUCACGCAGUCGUGGACGGCACCUCCUUCUGGCAUUUCAUCAACUCUUGGUCUGAAAUAUCUCGCGGUUUGAAGAACAUAUCAAAAACUCCAGUGUUCUCAAGAUCCACCAAGCCCGUAAAAGUAGGCAAUCACCUUACUCCUCGGCCGAUGGUGGAAACUCCUCCAUUGCUGAGGAAGGUCUUCCACUUGGGGAAGGAAAGGUUGACCGAGCUCAAAAAUAAAGCCAAUUCUACCGGCGGAAGUGAUAAAAUAUCGUCGUAUCAAGCACUCGCAGCUCUGUUGUGGCGGACCAUUACGCGUUGCCAGAAAUUCACAAAUAUGAAUAUGAGUAGUAGCCGAGAAAUUUACUUCGCCCUAGUAGUGGGUGCAAGGUCAAGAAUUGGUUUGGACGAGGGCUAUUUUGGGAACGCGAUUUAUACGGCUGGAACUUCAACUACUGAGCGUGAGCUGUUGCAGAAUGGAAUAGGCUACGCUGCGGUGAAGAUCAAUGAGCUGGUGAAGCAGCAGACACGUGAAGCAGUAAUGGAAAACUUUGAAGAUUCUGAGAAUCGGGCGUUUAUUAGGAAAUUGCCUUCGUUUUUCAUCAUCGGAUCGCCUCGCCACGACGUGUACGGGAAUGAUUUUGGAUGGGGGAAGCCCGUUGCGGUGAGGUGUGGAAGAGGACGAGAUAUCGAUGGGAAGAUCACAGUUUUUGCAGCGGCUGAAUGUGGCGGCGUCGAUUUGGAAGUUAGUCUUGCAGCUGAGAAAAUGGUGGCCAUGGAAAAUGAUACCGAGUUCACUGCAGCUCUUGCCCAUUGAAUUUGCCUUCUCUCUUUUUUGACCUUUUACGUUUUUUAUAAAUGAACAACAAUUUACAUGAUGUUAUGCUGAAGUUGGACUAUGUCAGACUCUUUGUGAUUUUCCACAUAUUGUAAACGUCUCAUUUUCAGUAAAGAAAUUGUGAUUGAUUGAAAUUUUUGUAAUCAAAUUUUUAUGAAGUUGUUAAUUCGGCCACGUAA